AUGGCUAUGCCUCUUCGACCCCUCCACUUCCUGUCUCGCGAAGAUGGGACCCUUACAGCUCUUGUUGCUGUUGAUGAACUGCCCCAUUACAUCUCGAUCAGGGGUGUCCCUCGCACUCUGAACCACAGCGACACCCAGGGUAUGACCAGCCUUGGAACCGUCAAGUCUCGUGGACAGUUCUACCUAAUCGACAAUGCUAUUCAGCAUCCAUCCAAGCCAGUAGGAGAAAAGGCAAACAAUUCUGGUCGCCAGGUGGUUGCAGGACGCGGACCCGAGGAUUUUGGGCAGUUGUCUAUUGCCCCUCCAAACUCUGCAACCGAUCCAUCUGCAGUUCAGAACCCAGACUGGACUCCCGUUACGACAGGUGGCAGCCAGACUCCUUCAAAACAUAACUCCGGGCAUCGCCACGGCAAGGGUAGCCAAAAUGGCAACUCAGCCAAAAAGGAAUACUGCUCUUUCUGGCUUCGUCACGGAGAAUGUGACUAUCAGCAGCAGGGCUGCAUUUUCAAACAUGAAAUGCCUACGGAUAAGCCGACUCUUGACAAGCUCGGGCUCAGGGAUAUUCCUCGUUGGUACCGUGAGAAACAUGGAGUCAAGGGGCUCGGUGGCACUGGUGGGCGAAACCGCCAUGAAGGAAAUGGACGCAACUGGCGGGCUGAAAACCAUCACCACACCCACCAGCACCCUCCUCCAGCAGCUGCCAACUCAGCCGACAGACGUGAUGUGCAUGGCCACAGGGUUAUGACUACAGAGGCUCAGGUAGAGAGACCCAGAGCAACCCCUACACCCCCACAGCAGCCUAACCUUCCAGGCUUGCCCCAUGGUCACCCAACCAUGUAUAACAAUAUACCAAACACUACUCAUUUGCCCCCUAUGGGCUUACCUGCUCCAGGAGGCUUGAACAUGAACUUGUCAGCAAACAACCCACCUCUUGAGGUCUCCAAAUUCCCCAAUCGAUGUGACCUUAUUUCGAUUGAUGAUUUCCGCAAAACUCCAACCCCUGACCACAUGGUGCAGGACGCGGCCAAAUCUGCGCUUGGAAACUUUGCUGGCAAUCAGCCUCAUGCUAAAGUUGACCUUAUGGACCAACCAUACUCCGCUGCACCAGGGCUACUACCCACUGUCCGAGCCACCAGCUCAAACGGCAUACAUGGGCAACACGCUAUGUCUCACAGUAACAUAAUGCUUUCUCAUAGCUACGACACCGGCUCCCUGCCGCUUCCAGGGUCAGCCUCCCUUUGGACCAUGGCCGAGAAUGAAGGAGAUAACUGGAACCUUCUGCCUCUUACUCCCUUUUUGCCAGUCGGAGGAACCCCUAUUAACCAGCAGCCCAAUGGCCAAGGAGUUCAGAUCAAGAAAAAGCCUCAGCGCUCUCGUCGACUCUACCAACGCCGACAAUCUAUCAACGGUAACAAUGGCACCGACGAAGAAAAGCACCUACGAGUAACAAACGUCCCUCCAAUUAACACUGUUAUCACUAAUCUGGACUUCAAGGGUGCCACAUCCAGGGCAAUCUCACCCUGCUUCUCCCCUCACCCUCAAUCUGGCAGUUAUGCUUCUUCCCCUUGCUCCCCCCGUUCCGGCCUGACUACCAGCCGCUUCCCUGACAAUCUUGACUUCCGUGGAAACGGCAAUCAUAGAUACGGGAGCCGUGGCUCUCCAAACUCUACCCAAUCAACCCACACCAACAGAGGAAUCAACUGUGACCUGUUUGAUCUUGGUUUAAACAACCCAAUUACCCUUACUGCCAAACCCGUCUAA